GGGGAGGCUGAGGAGGGACCACAGCAGCAGCAGGUCUCAGAGCUGUCACGCUCCCGCCCACGGGCGGGCUCCGGUGCUCCCCGGCGGAUCUGCCGGGCGCAGGCAAGUGGCCGCGGGCAGAGCGCGCCGGCUGGCAUGGAGGGACUGGUUUUGCUCAAUGCCCUGGCCACCCGGCUGCUGUUUGUGCUGCAUUCUCUGGUUGGGGUCUGGCGAGUGACCGAGGUGAAGAAGGAGCCGCGGUACUGGUUGCUUGCACUGCUCAACCUCCUGCUCUUUCUAGAGACAGCGCUCACCCUCAAGUUCAAGCGCGGCAGAGGCUACAAAUGGUUUUCACCAGCCAUAUUUUUAUAUCUGAUUAGCAUUGUUCCAUCACUAUGGCUUCUUGAAAUGCACCAUGAGACCCAGUAUUGCAAUAGCCAAUCUGAAGAAAUGUUACAGAAUGUCAGCAGCAAAGCAGAUUUCAAUCAAACUCUGAUGUCAAGUGAACAAACCAAUGGAGCAGAUGAUCUCAUUGAAACGGCCAAAGUGUUUGUGAAUAACUUAUCUACAGUAUGUGAAAAAGUUUGGACUCUGGGACUCCAUCAAACAUUCCUGCUAAUGCUAAUAAUUGGAAGAUGGCUUCUACCCAUUGGAGGUGGGAUCACUCGGGACCAACUCUCUCAACUUCUCCUUAUGUUUGUGGGAACAGCUGCUGACAUACUGGAAUUCACAAGUGAGACCCUGGAAGAACAAAAUGUGAGGAAUAGUUCUGUCUUAGUCUACGCCAUCCUUGUCAUAUGGACCUGGAGUAUGCUGCAGUUCCCACUGGACCUGGCAGUACAGCAUGUCGUGUGCCCCUCAUCAGUGACAUCAAGGAGCUUCCCCAGUCUGUUCUUUUGCCAAUACGGUGCCGAUCUAUGGAACAUCGGAAUCAGCGUCUUCAUACAAGACGGCCCUUUCCUUGUCGUGCGUCUGAUAUUGAUGACUUAUUUCAAAGUUAUAAACCAGAUGCUGGUGUUCUUUGCUGCAAAGAAUUUCCUUGUGGUGGUGUUACAGCUCUACCGCUUAAUAGUGCUGGCGCUGAAUGUCCGUGCUUCCUUGCAAAGUCAACCGGAAGGCAUGAAAGGGGGCAACGGUCCAGAUCAACUAGCUGAGAGCAGGGUCCCUUCUGAGGCCUGGGAGGGUGGUUCUAAGGAAGGCUUGGACAUUCCUUUGCAGGUCUCACCAGAGACCUCUGAGGACUCUCACUCCACACCUCAGUUAUUUAUAGACAACAACAUGUGAUGCAACUGGAGCAUUUCAUUUUCUGUUCUCCUUAAAGACAGAAUCUUCCUCUCUCUUUUUAGCCUGUUUUAUAUAAUAAUUUUCAAAGGACCAACAUAAAAAUUGAUCUUAAACCAAAGCCAAGGAAAACCUUUUUUUUUUUUUUUUCUUCAGGUGAAUGGAAGGAACUUUGCUUAGUGACUGUAGCUAGAACUUCUGUGUGAUGGUAUCAGAUGCUAUAGUUGUUCAACGAUGAAGUGAUUUGUUUUUCUUGAACUGUUUAAAAAGCUAUGGACAGGGUUACGGUGACAUGCCCUCAAAAGAUUUAGUGCAGACAAACUGUCGCGGCUGUUACCUGAAAAUAGAGAAGCUUUGAACUUCGACUCCAUUGUCAGAAUAUCUCUUCUGAUCUUUUCUGCAAUGUCCCUUUGACAUUAAAAAAAUAAAUAAAUAAAUUGUACAUUCAGUGAAUGCAGAACAAAUGAAGAGAAAAAUGCCUUUAAAAUUACCUCACUGUGGGCUGGAAGCAGUGAAAAUCUCAGCCUAGCUUCCAUAGCAUUGACAGCCCUCUUCACUGCAGCACAGACUUCCCAGGAACAUCAUUUUUCUGGGCUGAUGUAGUAUUCUGUCAUGGCCCACUUUUACAGAAAUUUUAUUGCUUUUGGCUCGGACGCUGCAGAAUUCACAGCAAGCCACUUCGAUUACAUAUCUACUGGUUGCGUGGCAGGAAAUACUGGUAAAAUGCUAGCAAAGUCACAAUUUCCACGCUGAACAUGGUUUGUGGGACUUGUCAGUAUUUUUCUUAACUCUGUUUUACCGUUUUCUAUAUUACCAAGUCGAAUUACGUGGACUGAGUCCAGGGAGCACUGAAAUCGUGAAUAAAGGUAUUUCAGUUACCAUAGUUUCUGAUGCCUUUCUGCCAGGAGUAGCUGUAGUCUCCAUGAACUGCCACUACUGAAGAUGGUCUUUGCUCCUGGGAAGAUGUUGGUUAUAGAGAUUCACAUCGGCCUUACAUGCACUCAUUGUCCUUGAUUAGUUGAUAGAGUCAGAAGAGGCCGUAGAUUUAUGAACAAGAGGAUCCCUUUUACUACUAUAAAGUCAAACUUCAUUUUCCCAGUAUUAAAAUAACCAUUCUGCCCCUUUAUAAACCUUUGUAUUUUCUAGAUGGAGGUGUUUCAGAACCUUUAAAAAUGAUUUUUGCUUUUUAACAGGUUGUAUGAAAAUCACCUGACUAUGUAGCAGUAAUGAUGAAACAAACAGUUUAAAAAUCUUAUUUUAAGGUUCAAGGCAUUCCUUCCUGUUGUUAUGCUUAGGAAUUCACAGGAAAAUUAAAGACAAAGGGUAUGACUUUAACUCCCAUGUGACUUAUGACAACCAGUUGGGACAACCUCAUUUUUCUAUAAAUCUCUGUGCCACAUGAUAUUUGCUUAAACAUUUGAUAGAAACAUUCUGUUUUUAUACAAACAAAUGACGUCUUUGGUGCCAUUCUCAUGUUUCUUUGUUUUCUUCCCUGUGUUUUAACAAUAUGAUGAUUGCAAAAUUAUUCAUGAAGCUAAUGGAAUAAGUUUCCAAUUUCCCACAAUCAUUUUUGAAAGUUUAAAUCAGGAAAUUAUAUUUAUAUAAAGAACUUGACAACUUUUAAGGGCAUGUUAUUUAAAAUGCUUAGCAAUUGAAAGCAAAAUAAUAACUGCUAUUUAUAAAAAUGUCUCAGCAGAAUCUGUUUUUAUGUUGACUGUUUUAUGUUGAGUGUUUUCCUCCACAACAUGUAUGUGCUGCUUAUUAUUGCAGAUUUGCUCAUGGCAUACUUUUCAUAUUUCAACUUUUUUCUUGCAGCAAAACAAACAUUGGGCCUCUAAAAAUAGAUAAAGUAUAAAGUAGUACGGCUGUAGCAAGGAUAUUUUUAAAUACUUUCAAAUCUGAGACUUGGCUUGGCUUCAUGAAUGAGUUUCUAGCAUUUGAGUAAAGAAUUUUGUAAUUAGCACUCCUCCAAAAGCCUGGGAAGUGGAAAGCUCGUCCAGAGUCUAGCUUUACUGCAUGUGCCAGGAAGGCAAAAAAGCAUGAGGACCAAGUCAGCUAUUAAUGGUGGCAAAAAUAGACACUGGCUCUGCAAGAUUUUCCAGGAAAGUCUGCUAAGGGCAGCAUUUGUUACCCUAACUGCCAGUACUUUCAGUCUCACUGACUGUUUUCAUGGCGGGGGG